GUCCCUUGAGAGAUCAACUGUCGAAGAUGGCACCUAACAAGAAGGAGACCCUGCUUGAGCAGUGUACGGGAGUCAUUGCCAUUGGCAAUGGCAUUGCCGUACACAUCCUCGAGUAUCUCUCCAUUGUCAAAGAGGCGCCCCAUGGCUUCAGAGAGAUGGCCAUCGAAUUCGUCGAGACAUCACGAGCUUUAUUUCCCGCCAAAGCUGGUCUGGCACGUUCAUCAGCCAAAUUUCAACCCGACGUCACGGCACAACUCUCACAAAAGUUCCAGUUGACGAAAAAUGCUUUCAUCGUCCUGGACCAGGUCGUCAACAAGUUUCUCGGCAACGAGAAGAAGCAGACUUUUGGCAAAUUCGGAAAGGGCUUCCGAAUGAUGUUCGCGGAUUCAGAGAUUGAAAAGUUACGCCUUUCCCUCAAUCAAUGCAAGGCCGAGUUGAGCAUCAGCACAUUGAUGUUCUCGUCCCUGCUCGGGAACGACAAGGUGGACGCAGCAACAGCUAUCGGGUACACCGCUUUGGCAGCUAUACUCGGCAUUCCCGACCCAACUGUCGGAAGUGCUGGAACACAACAAAAUGAUGCCUAUGCCAGUCUGUCGCCAGACCGGAGGGAGCUGCCACCAACUCCUGGUCAAUUGACCUUUGCAGCUCGCGAUUCGUCGCUCCCACCAACGAAACCACGUGCCAUGCCUAUAGAAGGCACACAACCACGAUAUCCCGAUACACCGUCCAGCGCCGAAACGUCGAGGACGACGAACAUGUCAUACCUGAGUGACCGCAGCUCUGUCAUGAUGCAGCCUGGCGACAACGGUUCUGACAUCACAUCUCUCAUGUCGAUGGUGCGAGAACAGGAAGAUCUUACACAGUUCCACGACAGAAUUUCUAAGCAGGCGAUACGGAUCAAGCUUGAUCCUGCUCAGAUGCACCGACGAGCUCCAUCGAAACGCAGUGUCAAUGGAACACCAGAGUCGGCGAGAAAUGCACUUGUGAGCGCCAUGCAGCAAAAAGAUCACAAGAUGGUCGAGCAUCUUCUCGACAGCGGCGUGCCUCCGGAGCAAGGUCUGCUCAAGGAAGCGUUGAUCACACACGAUCUGGGUACUGUUCGAUUGUUCUUGCUCUAUGGCGCAGACCCCAAUGCGCGAGACAAAGAUGGUUCGACGCCACUCUAUACAGCGACGGGAUCGUCGUUCUACGAGGCGGCUACGCUGCUUGUGAAGUAUGGCGGUGAUAGCAAUAUCAGCACUGGCCCAUACGGCGAGAGCCCGUUCGCUGUGUCCUUGACGAACAGCAAAGCACACUUUGCACAGCUCUACCUGCAGCACGGCGCUGACCCAAAUGCCGACAUGGGCAAUGGCGAGACCGCUUUCACACAAUCGAUGAAUAAGCACACUCCAGCGACUCUCGUCGAGUUGAUGCUCGUCUACGAAGCGGAUCCAAACAAGAAGAACGCACGCGGCGAAACGCCCCUCUUCAAGGCUAUCACCGCUGAGCGACACGAUCUGGUGACAUACUUGCUAGAGCAUGGCGCCGAUGCCAACAUGCCUGGCCCAAAGAUUGUGCUCUGGCCUGCUGUGCACCAACCGAACAUGCUCUCGAUCUUGCUCGAACACAAGGCGGACCUCCGCCGCGCUCCUGGACUUCUCGAACUGGCGACAUCCAUCAACUCUCGCAAAGCGAUCGACAUCCUCCUCAAGUACGGCGCAGACCCCAACGCAAAGAAGGACGGCAUCUACACACCACUCUGCUCUGCUAUCCGCGACAACCAUGAAGAUCUCGUCGAUAUCAUGCUCGCAGCAGGCGCAGACCCCAACCUUCCAGCGCUGGAACACCCAACUUACAAGUGUGUGACAUACCAUCGCACACACAUGCUCCCCAUCAUCGUUGCCGCAGGUGCAGACCUUCAUAAGCCCAAAGGCCUCAUCGAGCACGCCGUCCAACACAACGAUCGCGAUGCUCUCGUCUACCUCAUCGACCACAAAGUCGACAUCAACGCCCGCAGCGUCAACACCGGCCACACAGCCCUCACAACCGCCAUUCGCGAGAACAAACUCGAACUCAUCGAUUUCCUGCUUUGUCACGGCGCCGAUCCGGGCGUCCGCGGUCAAGAAUGGCCCAUCGCUAUCGCUGUCAAACAUCCUGAAAUUCUGGCAAAACUCCUCCCAUAUAUUCCCACAACCAAAAUCAUCAAAGGAGCGCUCGAAAUGGCCGUCGUGGCAGACCAGCUCGAAAGCGUCAAAUUAUUACUCGCCAAGGGUGUCGAUGUGGAAGAGAAGAAUGGCGGUGUUUUCAGUCCACUCACCACAUCGAUCCGAGAGAACCGAAAGGAGAUCUUCCGAUUCUUGGUUGAUCAGGCAGGCGCGGACCCAAACUCUCCUGGAGAGCAUUUGCCUAUCAUCAAAGCUAUCCGCCGCCACCGCGAAGACGACAUGUCCUACAUCCAACAUCUCCUCACCAAGGGCGCCGACAUCAACCUCAUGUACCGUGGCUGGAACGCCGUGCUCCAAGCACUCGAUAACGGUGAUUUGAAAAUCUUACAAUUGCUCGCGAGAGAAGGUCAUCCAGAUCUCUCCGCUCGCGGAGAAGAUGGAAGGAGUGUGGCGGAAGUCAUGCAUGAGCGCGGACUAGAUGAGGAAGAGAAGAUUUUGAAAAGUGGAGGGGGUGAGAGUAGCAAUGGGCAACGGGUGAGCGAUCAGAGGGAUAUGAAACAUGCUUUGAGCUCUUUGAGGGAACUUGUGCUUUGA